AUGAAUGCCCAAUCUCAAACAAUCAAGGCCGUGCGCUAUCACGGCAAAGAGGACGUCCGUAUCGAGGACAUCGCCAGGGCGACCAUCAAGCCGGGCCAGGUGCGCAUCGCCCCCAAGUUCUGCGGCAUCUGCGGCACCGACGUGCACGAGUUCACGGACGGCAACAACCUGAUACCUGAGCCGGGCAGCCCCCACCCCAUCACGGGCGAGACGCAUCCCCUGACCCUCGGCCACGAGUUCUCCGGCUUCGUCGAGGAGGUGGGCGAGGGCGUGGCCGGCAUCAGGGUGGGGGACAAGGUCUGCGUGCAGCCCAUCAUCUACGACGGCGACUGCCGGUCGUGUAAGCGCGGCCUGGUCAACUGCUGCGACCGCAACGGCUUCAUCGGCCUGAGCGGCUGGGGUGGCGGGCUGUGCCAGUCCACGGUCGUGCCCGAGUCGUGCGUCAAGGUCCUGCCCGACGGCGUGCCGCUCCGGGUCGGCGCCCUCGUCGAGCCCCUCUCGGUCGCCUGGCACGCCGUCAAGACGUCCCCCUACCGGGAGGGCGGCUCGGCCUCGGCCCUCGUCGUCGGCGGCGGCCCCAUCGGCCUCGCCGUCGUCCAGACCCUCGUCGGCCGCGGGUGCCCCAACAUCAUCGUCAGCGAGAUGAGCGCCAAGCGUCGCGAGUUCGCCAGCCAGUUCGGCGCCCACCACGUCCUCGACCCGGCCUCGCAGGACGUCGUCGCCGAGGUCAGGAGGCUGACCGGCGGCGCCGGCGCCGACGUCGGCUUCGACGCUGCCGGCUCCCAGCACGCCAUCGAUACCGCCUUCGAGGCCCUCAAGGCCAGGGGGACCCUCGUCAACAUUGCCGUCUGGGGGAAGAGGGCGGCCAUCGACAUGAACGAGAUUGUCUUUCGUGAAAAGUCCUACCUCGGAGUUGCUACCUUCAGCUUGGGAGACUUCGAAGAGGUCAUCGAGGCCAUCGCUUCGGGUCGUAUGGACCCUACCGGCAUGAUCACAAAGACCAUCACGAUGAAUGAUAUCGUCUCCGAAGGCUUCCACACUCUCAUCAAUGACAAGGACUCGCAUGUCAAGAUUCUCGUCGACAUUGAUGCCAGCACAUAG